AUGCCUUUGUCCCCACUCAACACCAUGGAUGAAUUAAUUGAUAUGAUUUUUCAUGUCAAUCGCUCGGACAUCGAUUUGAACCAAUCACUGUUAGACCGAUUGGAUGCUGCUCAGGAAAUGGUCGAGGCCAGGCUGCGGCAGCUAGAGGCCACCGAGGAAAGACGGCGCCAGGAGCAAAACCCUACCGGAAUCAGCCUUCUUCCCGACCAAACUCCGCCUAGCGUUGAUAAUGACCGAUCUACCCUCGACGAAAACAAACCAGAUGGUGCCCAUUUGGUGGCAAAAGCCCUUGAAAUGAACGCUGACGUCAGCAAGGCCGAGAAUGACCGUGGCAGCUUUUACGACUGUAACAUAUGUCUGGACAUGGCUAGUGACCCUAUCUUGACUUGCUGUGGUCACUUGUUCUGCUGGCCCUGCUUCUUUCAGGUCGAUAACAUCAGCUCGACUUCCAAAGAGUGUCCGGUUUGUAAAGGAGAGGUUUCGGAAAAUACCGUAACUCCAAUUUACGGCAAUGGUGGUGAAAGCGGACGAGUGGUUGAAACAGAGUCAGGCUUGAGAAUUCCACCAAGGCCGAGAGCUCAUAGAGUCGAGAGCAUUAGGCAGCAGAUAGUGACCCAUAGCAUUAACGAUCUCGCCAUUGAAGAAGCUAUCAGGCAAAUUAGGGCUAGUCUUGGAGCAACAGUUGGGCCUGAAAUGCAAGGAAAUGGCAGGGAUAAUGCGGAUAAUGAGUCGGGAUUUUUACCUGAAAACGGGGAUUCUCUUUCUUCACUUACCUCGGUUUUGAGUGGUGCGGAUAGGUUGAUUGAGGAGUUGGAGGCAGUUAUUAACAGCCGGAGGUUGAGAGAUGAUGGGCAGGGUUCUGGUGGGCCCGAGCUUUUACCCAUUGGCCAUCCUUAUUCUUUGAGAGGGAGAAGAAGAAGAAGAAGGAUCAUUGUUACAAGGGAAUCUAGGAGGAGGAGAUUGAACUGA